UUGCAUUUGCUGAGACGAUUCGUUUUUAUAUCUCUCAUAUUCUACACCAAUUUGUCAAAAUUUGCAGAACAAAAGAGUAUUUAAUAAAUGUUUUCUUCGAAGUAAAGCGCAUUUCGGAAGACAUAAAAUGUUAAAAGUGACUAUCGGACAGGGUAAAGGCUUAAGGACCUUUCAAGAAGUAUGGCCCGAAAAGCGUCUUAUUGUACUGAAACUAUUAAAUCAGGAAACAGUUUCUCAAUUGGAAUGGCAGGAAUUGUUUUAUGGCGUACAUUUGGUUUGUUUGUGGGAUGAGAAAGGAGCCAUAAAAAUUUAUGAUUGCUUGCAAGCAGAUAUUGUCGAAUUUAUAGUGCAUGCUCAACGCAAGUUGCAAUCACAGCGCGGCGAACAGGCACUUCUCACAACAUACAUUGUAGAAUGGCGUAAAUUCUUCACACAAUCCAAUUACCUGCCACUACCUUUUCGUCAGUUAGAGCAGUCUCUUCAGUUCAAGGUGCCCACGUCCACCUCAACAUCAGCAUCUAGUUCCUCUGCCGCCAGUACAAGUGCCAAUACUGCAUUGACUUCAACGGCGGCCGGUCCCUCCACAUCAGCUGCUGCCGCCGCUAUCUCCACAACUUCACCUUCAGGUGGUAGUAGUAGUAAAAAAAAUACCACUGAAGUUUCUAUCGUCCGAAAACUUAUGCUUGACUCGUGGAAUGAACAUAUAUUUUGUGAUAUAAAAGAUCGUUUACAAGAAUCGGCAAUGAAAAUUGUGCAUGCCGAACGCAACGGCGAUGCGUAUGAUGCGCAGCUAGUGAUUGGUGUGCGUGAAAGCUAUGUCAAUUUAUGUUCUAGUCCAGACGACAAACUUCACAUUUAUCGGGAAAAUUUUGAAGCUGCUUACUUGAAGGCAACCGCAGCAUUCUAUCGCCUCAAAACUACAGAACAACAACAAGCAAACGGUGUAUUGGCUUUUAUGAGAUAUGCAGACGCGAAAUUGCGGGAAGAAGAAAUUCGUGCGAAACGAUACCUUGAACCAAGUAGCUAUUGUGAUCUGAUUCAAACCUGUGUCAAGGCACUAGUCGGUGAUCAUAUGAACAUAAUUAUCGCCGAGUGUGCUGCGCUUAUAAGAGAAUACGAAACAGAAAAACUAAAUCUUAUGUUUCGUCUUUUGGAUCGUGUACGUGAUGGUGUUGAACCGAUGUUACGUGACUUAGAGAGUCACAUUGUUACUGCUGGUCUAGCAGAUAUGCUCUCGGCCUCCGACGUAAUCACUCAAGACUCGGAAAAAUACGUUGAGCGGCUACUCGAACUAUUUAAUAAAUUUAGUUCAUUAGUAAAAUAUGCCUUCAAGGAUGAUCCUCGAUUCUUAACGGCGCGUGACAAAGCCUUCAAAACGGUUGUCAACGAUACAAGCGUAUUUAAGCUCGAACUGCCAACCGGCCUAACAAAUCGUGGCGUUAAGUCCAUCACUCCGGAGAGUAAAUGUCCAGAACUUUUAGCAAAUUAUUGCGACAUGUUACUGCGUCGUACGCCAUUAAGUAAGAAGCUCACUAGUGAACAAAUCGAUGCUCGAUUACGCGAUGUACUAUUAGUGCUAAAAUAUGUCAAUAAUAAAGACGUAUUUAUGCGCUACCACAAAGUGCAUUUGACAAGAAGACUUAUACUUAGUACCAGUGCUGACAGCGAAAAGGAAGAGGACAUUGUUGAAUGGUUACGAGAAGCGGGUAUGCCGGCAGAUUACGUGAAUCGCUUAGGGCGUAUGUUCCAAGACAUUAAACUUAGUGAAGAUCUAAAUACUCAAUUCCGAAGCUGCACCGGCCGUCACGAUGCAAUUAAUAUCAAAAUUCUAAAUGCCGGGGCUUGGGCACGGUGCUCUGAACGAGUUUCUGUGAGUCUGCCCCUUGAAUUGGAGGAUUACAUUCCUGACGUGGAAGAGUUUUAUAAGAAAAACUUUUGUGGUCGUAAAUUACAAUGGUAUCAUCACAUGAGCAAUGGUACAAUUACAUUUGUAAACAAUUUCGGUCGAUACGACCUGGAUGUAACUACUUUCCAAAUGGCCGUACUUUUCGCAUGGAAUCAGCGUCCGCAUGAUAAAAUUUCGUACGAAAAUUUGCGUUUAGCGACAGAGUUACCAGAUCCCGAACUCAGACGAACACUCUGGUCACUUGUAGCGUUUCCAAAACUGAAAAAACAAAUUUUGCUUAUGGAACCCGCAACAAUAACAACCCCGAAAGACUUUUCAGAAAAUACUUUAUUUAGUGUUAAUCAAGAGUUUGCUGUUGUGAAAAAUGGCAAAGCACAGAGAAGAGGAAAGAUGAACAUGAUUGGUCGUUUGCAACUGAGUACAGAGCGUUCACAACAGGAGGACAAUCAAUCAAUAGUGCAGUUGCGUAUAUUACGGACCCAGGAAGCCAUUAUAAAAAUUAUGAAGAUGCGCAAACGCUUGAAUAAUGCAACCUUGCAAGCCGAAUUGAUUGAUAUACUCAAGAAUAUGUUUUUGCCUUCGAAAAAAAUGAUUAAAGAGCAACUGGAAUGGUUGAUCGAACACAAGUAUAUGCGACGUGAUGAUGAUGAUAUCAAUACAUUCAUUUAUGUGGCUUAAUGAGUGCUUGAACAUGCAGCUGACUAGGCUGGGCCGCACCUUUUUUACGAUCUUUUAAAAAUUGAAGUGGUCCAAAUGUGGGAUUCUACUUAUAAUACAUACCUAAAUAUACUAUAAUAAUACGUUAGUUUAAGAUAUAUAGGUUAAAAAUAUUUACAAUGCCAAACAUUUGCAAUUUCUUUUCAAGUGUUUAUACGAGCUGGUUCUUAAAUUAUGUUUAACAUUCGAUACUAGUUAGAACAUUAAAUUCAUUGUCACUGACUUCAAGUCACCAUUGCAUUACUUACAGAUAACUCGAUCAUUCGAUUAUCAACUUAUGACUGCUUCAUUUCACACUUUUUUAAAUAUGUAUAUCCCAGUUAGGUGAAUAUUAUAUUAUUUCAUUGUUUUUAUAUUUUUUAAUUGUAUAUUUUAUAUUAUAUGUAUUGUAUGUAUUUGAUGUCGAUUGUUAUCAAAUAUCCGUUUAUUACCAUUUUUUAAAUUUUAUAAAAUUAGGUUUUAGCCAGACAGUUUUAUUCGUCCUUUACCCACAUAUAUCAUUAAUUGCAAUGUGAAUUGAGCGUUCGAAAGGAAAGAGAUAUUCCAUACACGAGAACACAUGAGUCGAUUCAUGCGUAUCCGUUCCCACGACAGUCGGGUCUACGAAAACCGGAACGGAUCCGGAUUUUUAUCCGGCCAAGGACUGUCAACUCGGCAGAUUUCUGCCGUUACAACAACAACAACAACAUUCAUGCGUAUAUUUGAAAGAAGCAACUUUUUAUCAGCAAUAUUUAUACUAAAUCUCAAAAAUGCAAACAAACUUUGUUACACAUACGUGUGAAGAGGAUAAUAGAAUUACGUCGAUAUAAUGAACAUAAAUUACUUUGAAAUUUAAAUACUUAUACAUAUAUAAAUAUAUCAGUAAAUAUUAAGUUAAUUAAAA